CAUGCGCACACACACAGACAUCCGACCUUUGGGAUUUCCCAGCACUUUUCUUGCAUGUGGCAUUAUAAUGGGCUCCUCCUUCCACAGACGUAAUAUGAUGAUCUGUCUUAAUAUUCUCCCGAAGCUUUUUACUCCAGAAGAAGAAAAAAGUCUCACUGAACACUUCUGAAGAAGCCACACUGAGAUAAUCUGAGCUUCCAAGAUAGAAGCAUGAGAAGAAAUUUACUCCACAGCAAAGGUGGUCCUCAUUUCCCAUAAUCUGCUAGUGGGAUUAAUUUAUAAACCAUGAAUGGAGUUGUGUUUAUAGAAUUCAGUGUGUGAUGAAAAAGCUUCAAAUCAAGCAUAUGAGAGACACUGUUCUCACAGAUUGGCCUUCUAUUGAUGGACAACGUCCAUCACAUUGUGGCCAAACCUUGGACUCAGCCAAGAACAUCCAUCCUUGCUCUGGAUAAGAACCACAGACGAAUCUGGCUCUAAAAGAACACUAUGACUCCUGCAGUGACAUCCAAACCUGGUGAAGAUGGAAACAUCUCUGCACUUUCUAUCCAAAGUACAACAUGCCAUGUGGAUUCUGAGUUCAGAUAUAUACUAUUCACUGUCUACUACAGCAUCAUCUUCAUUCUGGGCUUUGUAGCUAACACCUAUGUGCUGUGGCUCUUCAGUCGGGUUUAUGCUAUGAAGAAAUUAAAUGAAAUAAAAAUAUUCAUAGUUAACUUGACAAUUGCUGAUUUGCUUUUCCUGAUUACAUUGCCAAUGUGGAUUAUUUAUUACCACAACAAAGGGAACUGGAUCAUGCCCAGCUUUCUGUGUAAUGUGGCUGGCUACUUAUUCUUCGUGAAUACAUACUGCUCUGUGGCAUUCCUGGGAGUCAUAACUUACAAUCGUUACCAAGCCGUUACAAGGCCCAUUUCAACGGUUCAGUCCAGCACACGAAGAAGAGGAAUUUAUGUGACUUUAGCUAUCUGGGUCCUGAUAGGUGUUCCUUCCAUCUACUUUCUGGUUGAUAAUGGCACGACCCGUGAGGAGCAUCUGGUACGCUGUUUUGAGCGUUAUGAUACCACCAGUGAUACAACUCCUAUCCUUGCCUUCCAUGUGAUUAUUUGUAUUUGCUUCUUCAUUGCUUUCCUGCUUGUCUUGGUAUGCAAUGCUUUCAUUAUCCGGACACUGCUUUCCAAACCAGUGCAAACUCGGAGGAGCGCCCGUGUCAGGCAACGGGCUCUCUGGUUGGUAUGCACGGUUUUGACAGUCUUCAUCCUCUGUUUUGUGCCUCAUCACAUAGUGGACCUACCCUGGACUUUGAUGGUUCUAAACAAGUGGAAGAUAAGCUGCCAAAGCAAAAAACUGUUAAAUGAUGUCCACCAGGCAACCCUUGUUUUUCUGGGUGCCAACUGUGUCUUGGACCCUAUCAUUUAUUGCUUUCUCACAAAAAAGUUCAGGAAACAUCUUUCUGAAAAUUUGAAAAGCAUAAAAGACAGUCGAAAAUGUUCCAGGCAAACAACUGAGACUGGCGUGGAAGGGGUGGUACAAUUAGAAGAUUGUCUCUCUGCCUCCCCCAAAACUUAGAAGUAUUUUGGACUCAAGAUGGAUGGAGGCACUUCUGUAACAGCAAAAAAGGACCCAGAAACAUAUUUGGUUACGAUUUGUGUAUGUUACAGUACAAACAUAUACUGUAUGCAAAUUGGGAAAUACAGUAUGUCUCCUCACAGGCAGCAAAGAUUAUAAUCAGGUGAUUUCUGUGUCUAUUCAAUCUGCUGCCCAGAUGUUAACUGAAGAUGGUCAGCUUCUGGGUCUGACUGUUCAUUCUUAAGGAAUUGGACUGAACAACAUCUACACUGAUAGACCUUCUGACUGAAAACCCGAAAGUGGAAAGAAAGGAUAACUUUCCUACAGAACAGCAAAAUGUAUUUAUUGUCAGUGUCAAGAAAAAGCUGAUGACCAGCAAGAAUUAUUGACAAAUUAAUUUAGGACUGCAGCUCUU